AUGGUUCGCUCAAGUGUAAUCGGCCGUUUCCUGGCCGGACUGCUGCUUGCUUCCGGCGCAGCAGCUCAUACCGAAGGGUGCAGCUGCUCAUCUGAUGGCAUCCAGCGCGUCACCUACAUUGUCGUCGAGAUGCCCGAUCAGCCCGAACAAGCAGCCUCCUCCUCGUCCUCUUUCACAACCCUAACCACCGUCCCGACGCCAACGUCCACGGAGAGGUUCACCGCGCAAGCAGCGCACGUAAUCGAGGAUAUCCCAGCCUACGAGCCCCUCGCCGUCAAGCCCGAGACCCUUCGUCCAGCUGUAAACACAACACACACCUUUGGCGCCACCGCCGCUCCCGGCAUCGACACCAAAGACCCCAUCAACAUCGUCCCGGCCACAAAUGUCUCGCUCUACUACGCGGCCACGGACACGGAGGAACAAGGUUCCAUCGACAUGAAGCUCGCAUUCAAGAACCCCGCCGUGGUCCUCGAGCAUGUCGACGCCGUCAGCAACGUCGCGUGCGGAGAUGACGAGCUCACCGUCUCCUUUUCCUCCGCCGACGCCUUUAACGAGGCUGUCAAGGACUGGUCCGACUCUGCCGAAGAAGGAUUUAUCCUCAUCACCAACCACAUGGGCAACUGCGAUGCCGAAUUUGAACGGGGCUUCUUCCUCGCAACGGGCUUGACCUCCAGCAAGGGCGACCUAUCUAUCACGGUCGCAGCUUCAAAGGAGGAGCUCACCAACAUCGCCGGCGAGUGCGAAAUGUCCUUCACUUCCCUGCCGGCUGCCACGCUCUCCAAGCGCCUCACCCUCGACCCGUCCGUCUCCCUCUCCUUCGCCGAGGGCAUCGCCGAGAACACGGUCCUUUAUAGCGACGGGCAGUACGUCAACAUCACGGCCGACGAGGCCUGGUUCAGCUCCAAGAUCACCUUCUCCGGCUACCUAAAGUACAACUUCUGGGGCUUCAAACUGCAGGCUCUGUACUUUGACCUAGACACGACCUUUGACUCGGCCGUUGGCGUCUCGGUCGACGUCGCCGCCUCCUACAGCCACGCGCUCAAGUACGCCCCGGACGCGUUAUCCUACUCCCUCGUAUCCGUCCCCGGUAUCGUCGAGCUCGGUCCGGGCGUGGCUUUCGCUGUGGGCUUAGACUUUGACGUCUCUGCUGCCGUCGGCGUCACGGCGGGGCUGAGCGUGAGUCUGCCAGCGGGCAACGUUCAUCUCGACCUCCUGCACGGGGAGAAGUCGUCGGCGAGUGGAUGGGAGCCAAAGUACAGCAGCUACGCCAACAUCACCGAGUCGGCUGAUGUGCGCGUCGACGCCUCAGCGGACGUUACCGUGCAGCUGGCGUUCAAGUUGCUCGGCGGACUGGUCGAUCUCAGCUCCGGCAUCACGGCGACGCCAGGGUUCGAUAACGUGUUCAAGCUGCGCGGGGAGCAGAAUCUGGGGGUCAGCGGUAGCGUUGGCGGCAGCAGCAGCAGCAGCACUAUCGGGGGCGGUAACUUUACGAGUAAGCCGGCCGAGGUGGCACAAGUUAGUGUGGAUGUGCCCAAGGACGGGUUGAUCUGCGCCGAGAAGAAUGGGGUCGAGUUUGCGACGGACUUCUACUUCAACUUGACUGGCUUCGCAACAAAGUGGUGGAGCGGCGAGCUUUACAGUACCCGGGUGCCGCUUUGGGAUCUGUGUUACAGCUUCUGA